CUCUGGAGUGUAUAAUUAUUACUAUCAACACCGGACAGGUUGCCGAAUGUGAGGUUAUGUCCGCACGUGACUGAAAACAAAAAAAUCGGUAGUGCAACGGAGCUGAUGAAAAUUUCACGAGCAAUUGACAAGGGAAAAAAAUUGUGAAGCAUGUCAGACCUUUUCAGCUCGUCCUCGAGUUUUGACGAUGCUCCCAAGGCUCAGAAACCAGGCUCAGUCGAUCCGGAGCUGGAAAAUUUCUUAGCAAUUGAGAAACAAAAAGCACAACUAACAGCUCAGAUUAACGAAUUCAAUGAUUUCUGUUGGGACAAAUGUGUUGAUAAACCCGGAGCCAAACUGGACGCAAAGACUGAGACGUGCUUAAACAACUGCGUCGACAGGUUUAUCGAUGUCUCCCUCCUCAUCACAAAUAGAUUUGCCCAGAUAUUACAAAAAUCCGCCGGUGGAAUGUGAUGAACAAACCGAACAAUCCAAAAUUAUAGUAAAUAUUUGCUUUAUUUACCAUUAGCUCCAAAGAAAAAAAUAAACAGCAAUCGUUUGGAUGCCAAUUUCAUUAUCAAUUAAUUGACAGAGUAAUCAAAGAGAAUGAUAAAAGUGUAACAUGAAAACGUUUAUUAAAUAAUGUAUUAUCUACAGUAAAUAAUUUAUGGAUAAAACUUCA